GUGGUCAUUGCCAUCAUCUUCUUUUUCUUUGUCAAUUAGCCCGCAGGCAUGGAUUGCUAUGUGCCUCUUUUUCCAAAAACUAACUCAAUACAAACACCCUCGGCAUCAUCAUAUUUGUUAUGUACAAAACCGGCAAUCACCACCUAUCAAUCGUCCCGUAUAUAGCCGCCAAGUUUCUUCGUUGCCAACAAUGGUAUUAUCCAGCUCGCCAAAUUAUUUGAAACUGCCAACCAAUCCAUUCGGCCUCCUUCACCGAAGCUCGCUCUUCACCCCCACAAGAUUAUGCCAUGCAUGUGAAAGCCUUACUUUUUUCUUUUCUCCGACUACUAGUUGCCCGAGUGAAAUACCGACUCCGUCUGAGCCGCACUAGUCAAAGAUCCUACCAUCCAUCGCGCUGUUCUCUCCCCGACGCUCCGUUUCUGAGAGCCCCC